CUCGUAGCUCGUAGGCUUUAAUUAAUUUUAUUAAUAACUAAUGGAUUAAAACUUGAAAAUCUUCUUAAUAAUGAAAGAAAAAUGGAACUAUAUUUUAUACCUCAUCUGGUUUUCGUAUUUGGUGCUGUCUGCAUUGCUUAUGUUCGGCCACGGCUUUCUGCUGUCUCGUAAAAGUUUAAGCGAUGUUUCUGAGUGUGUGCCGCUGUCUAAUUUCGGGUGCGACGGGCGGGAGAACUCCACCACCAGUGAAUAUUGCAGUGAGGAUGAGAAGAUUAGGAGAAUCGCUUCAAAUCCCGGGGCGCCGAUGGCCUGCCCUGCGGCGCGGCAUCGAGUGGUGUUCAUGCUAGUGGACGCUCUACGAUACGACUUCACCCAGUACGACCCUAGCAUAGAGAACCCGCUGCCCUACCAGAACCGUCUGCCAGUGAUUCAAGAAACCCUGGACAGCCGGCCGGACAGUGCCAGGCUGUACAAGUUCAUGGCAGACCCCCCUACUACUACACUGCAGAGGAUCAAAGCUCUAGUCACAGGAUCUCUGCCCACUUUCGUUGAUGUCAGCUCUAAUUUUGCUGCUAUGGAGCUGCAGGAGGAUAGCAGCAUAGACCAGUUACACAAAAAUGGUGGCAAAGUUGUGUUACUGGGAGACGACACAUGGGCGCGUCUGAUGCCGGGACGCUGGCUGCGGUCGCAUGCACAGUACUCCUUCCACACCUGGGACCUCGACACUGUUGAUAACGAAGUGGAUUCUAAGAUUUAUGAUGAACUGCGGAAGGAUGACUGGGACCUGAUGGUGGCCCACUACCUAGGGGUUGACCAUGCAGGCCACAGAUAUGGCCCCAACCAUCCAGAGAUGACCAGGAAGUUGCGGGAAACCAAUGCUAGAAUAAAGAAGAUUAUUCAGACUUUACCUUCUGAUGUGCUAUUGUAUGUUCUUGGAGACCAUGGAAUGACUGAAACAGGUGACCAUGGAGGAGAGAGCAAAAACGAGCGUACAGCCGCACUUUUCGCCUACCGCGGGGAAGGGCUGUCAGCAGACAUCUACGGCACCGGGCGGGAGGUUCCUCAGACUGACUUCGCGGCGACGCUGAGCGCAGCCCUGGGCCGCCCGCCGCCCGCGCCCUCUCUAGGCACCUUGAUGAUGCCGACUCUGCCGAAGAUGUCCACUACACACACCCUUUUGGCAUUGAGCAACAAUCUUAAACAGAUAACGAAGUACUUAGUGCGAUACGGAGAAGAAUCUCAGCAGGUGUCCCUUGAGAAGCUGACUGAACUGAUCAACAUGACUCGAGACCAAAUAGACAAGUCUGCUUCAGUUUAUACCGAGAAUGAACUGAAUAACUACAUCGCUGAUGUUAGGACUGUAACAGAAAAUGUCCGCAACAUAUUCCGGGAAGUGUGGGUGGAGUUUGACUCCCUUUCGAUGCUGAGAGCUCUAUUACUUCUUACGCUAGCGAUAUUCUUCAACUGGCUCAUAACCGAAGGCAUCCCAAUGGAGAGACUUCCAAACAUUUUUGCCAGCACUUUUGUAUCCACUGGCCUCAUUUCUAUGGCAGUUUGCGUUGUGUUUUGUUACACGGCAUAUUUCUUCGAGCUGCUUGAAGAUGUAGAACAUGCUAUUUUUCUAUCCACUGGUUUAAUGUCUGGCCUAUUAACGUGUUCAUUAGUUAUAAUGCACUGGGACGGCAUAACCCAGCGGUGGUACGAGGGUCGUUCGCAGUUACACGAGCGAUUCUCCCGCUCGGCUCUAGUCGGGUCAGCGGCCGUUUUAGUCUCCAACAGCUUCAUAAUCGAAGAAGGGGCGGUCCUAUCCUUCCUCUCGCUAACUAUCUUAGCCUUAAUCGCGUGGAACGUGAAGACAAUAAAGGCGUUAGCUUUAUGGGUGUCAUUUGGGGCGGUAUUAGCUGCUACGAGGGUGUACAGAGGUUGCAGAGAAGAACAAGGGGAUUGUUGGACGGCGGGGGGCAACCAGCCGACGGGGCAGGCUAGUCGAGCUGCCUUAGUGCUUGCUUUAGGAUCGAUGGCCGCCGUAGUGGCCGUGGCGCGUCGUCACAUCGGCUGGAGGGGGUACGGGGUGGUGUUGGCUGGUUUAUUCGCGUGCGCUCAUUGGGCUGUCGGCUGGGGUACUUUGGGGUCUCCUGGGCGAUCGAAGCUUCUAGCUCGGGGGGCGUGGCUAGUGAUUGUGACCAUGCUGCUUCUGUUGUUCCGUCGCGACGGUCGUGGGGCGAUUCUGCCGGUGUCGGUGUGUGGGUUGCUGCUGUACGUGGCCUCUUCGUUAGUGCUGGGCGCGGCGCUGGCGCCGGCGGCCGGGCUCGGGCUGUUGGCCGGCUGUCUCGCCGUAGCACUCGUCGCGAUGGUCAAGACUGAAGGCGUUACUAAGUUCUCACUAUCAGCCCGCUGCAGCUCCUCCACCAUCUGCCUGUGGUCCCUGCUCGCGUGCUACAUGUUCUACGGCGCGGGCCACCACGCCACGCUGGGCCACGUGCGCUGGGCGCCCGCCUUCCACGCCGGCGACCCGCAGACCGUGCCCGGCCUGAAGUAUGUGGCCGGGGUGUUCAUGUUCCUUGAGCUUUUUGGGUUCCCUCUACUCUUCGGAGCGACAGUCCCGCUGCUGGCGCUGUGGGGCCGCCCCGCAAGCACGGUGGGCCCGCGCUCGCAGCUCGCCGCCGUCUUCGCACUGUGCCUCAAGUUCUCACUGUGCUUCGCUAUUAGGGUGUUUGCUAGCGCACUCUCGGCCACCAUUCACUGCCGCCACCUGAUGAUAUGGGGAGUGUUCACACCGAAACUGCUGUUUGAGAGCGGCGCGUGUGCGGCCGCCCUUAUAGGCGCAAUCUUAGGAGCCGCCCUUACAGCCUGGCACACCCCCAGCCAACAGAAAAGCAGUUGACAAGACAAGCGGACUAGGUAAACUAAUGUAAAACGAACACUUAAAUAUGGAAUAUCGACCAAGAAUGAUAAGGUGACGACGAAAGAUAUAGUGAGGAAAUCUUAGGAGACUCUUUACGUCUGUGGAGAGAAUGGUAUGGUACAGUCCAAGUCACAAGAGUUGACCUUUUUCUAAAUGGCGGUAGUGAGCCCAUGUUGACUGUAGCACUCGGACCGUCGCUCGGUCUUUGACGCCCUCUGGCCGUACCAAAAAUUACUUAUGUGAAAUUGUCAACUCAUGUGAACUGAACUGUAUCUUCAGCAAUAAAUAUGAACACGAUUGGUGUAGAGAAUGAAAACCACAAAUAUGCAGUGGAUAAAACAGUUGAGAACAUUAGUGAAAACUGUCGAUUUGGAUUUUUACAGGAUUGUUUUUAGAUAACUAAAUGGUAUAUUUUUUUCUACAAAUUGAGUGCAUUUUUUCGCUUUUGGUGAAUUUUGUUUAUGUUGUGAUUUGAUCGAUUAUAAAUUAUUUAAUUUUUAAUGAUAUUUAUAUGAUAUAAUUAAAAUUGAUCGGAACAUAGUAAGUAAUAGGAAAAAGGACCGGAUUGUACCUUAGUAAUACUAUUGCAUUAUUAUUAAUACUGUUACAUUUAUAGCAAUGACGUCUGUGCUGAAAGAUUAUUCAGCCUGAAACAAUUUCAACUUAGAAAAUCUUGUAACUUCUAUGUUAUCUGUUAAAUAAUGUUUUAAUUAAGAAGAGUUAAAAAUAUUAAAGUACAUUCACUGCCAUAAGGGGCUGUUAUUAAAUGAUACUUUUGUUAAAUAUUUAAAUUAGGAACAAGUAUUUUAAACAAUGUUGUACCUAGGUAUUAUGCCUAAGCCAAUGCUAGUGUUAUGUUAACAUAAGUAGAUUAGAGCUAAGCUAUCGAACAAGUCCAAAUCUACUUAUUAAGCUCUUACUUAGUGCAACUGCAGAGUUAAGAGCCAAUCAAAACUGUGUAUAAUGCCUUUAGUGGGCACAUAUGGCAUGUGUAGAUUUUAGCCACGUUUCAUCGUUUUAAUAUGAAUAUAGGGAAAUGCCCUGUAAGGGGUGCAAUAAAAUAUUGUAGAUAAGCCAAGUACUUCUUAAGACCUUUGGUGUUCUCGAAAUAUGGCAGUAGAAUAGCACAUUUUACAUUUUGAGUAGGUAUUUGU